AUGACGAGUUCGACGAGCGAGGCGAGCGAGGCCAGCUCUCCUUCAGCCUCACCAGUCUACCCCGCCCGAUCAACACCAUCGCCCACGCGACGAUCACCCCGCCACCUCCUCACCAAGCUGUACACUUCACACGUACUUUCGACGUGGAAUGCGCGCACCUUUGAAUUCGGCGCUGUCAUCUUCCUUGCGAAAAUCUUCCCGGGAACGCUGUUCUUCGCAUCGUGCUAUGCGCUUUUCCGGUCACUCGCUGCUGCCAUCCUCGGAUCAUGGGUCGGAGGGCUGGUCGACCAGAAAGAUAGAUUGUGGGUUGUGCGCCAGAGUAUUGUGUGGCAAAGAGUUAGUGUCGCGGGGAGUUGUGCGAUUUUGGUAGCGAUGCUGGGUUUGGGUGGAGAAGAGAAGGAUAUUGGGAUGGUAACCUACGGAUUAUUCCUCAUCAGCGUGGUGCUGGCAUGCAUCGAGAAACUCGCUUUCGUCGCCAACACCGUAUCCGUGGAGCGCGACUGGAUCGUCGUCGUAUCCGAGAGUCUUGCUGUCGACCGACAAGAGCUGAACAGCGCGAUGCGCAGGAUAGAUCUCAUCUGCAAGCUCAUUGCGCCCGUCGGCAUCGGACUCGUAGACGGAUACUCCACGAAAACUGCCAUUUGGACCGUCUUCGCACAAAACGCGAUAAGCGUGUUAGUGGAAUACUUCGCCAUCGCGAAUGUCUAUGCCGCGGUACCGGAAUUAAGUGUUGGAAAGGGCGUCGUGACGAAACAAGCGUCUGAAACGGACAUUGCUACGGAACUGCAACAGCGAGCCUCAUCGCCUAACCAGGAUACCGUACCAAAUACCACUACGCGACGCUCCACCAUCACCAAAACCAUAACCACACACUUCGCGCCGUACCGCGAAUACAUCGCCAACCCCGCCUUCCUGGCCUCCUUCUCCCUCUCCCUCCUCUACCUCACCGUCCUCUCCUUCGCCUCGCAAAUGACGACCUACCUCCUCACCCUCGGCUUCACCAGCACGCACGUCUCCGUCAUGCGGCUCGUAUCCGUUAUCCUCGAACUAUCCGCCACCAUCGCAGCGCCGUGGCUCAUGAACAAAAUCGGCGCCGUACGAGCAGGUCUCUGGUUCAUCAACGAACAACUCCUCGCCAUCGCCCUGGCAAUCGGCCUAUUCCACAUUUUCCCCACAACCACAGCGCCCAUGCUAGCCGGCGGCGCCCUCGUAAUCGGCGUAUGCCUCUCCCGCCUCGGUCUCUGGGGCUUCGAUCUCAGCGUACAAUAUCUUGUUCAAGAAGACGCGCCUCCUGCCUCCCGUGGCUCUUUCUCCGCUAUCGAAAUGUCGUUGCAGAACCUGUUCGAACUGCUUUCCUUUGCGACGACGAUGAUCUGGUAUAAGCCGCAGGACUUCUUUAUACCGAUUUAUAUCUCAGUGGGCGCGAUUGCGUCGAGUGCGGCGUGUUUUGCGGGCUUUGUAAGGCAGAAGAGGGGGCAUUUGUUGCAUGCGGAUCGGUGCUUGAAGAGGAUGGGGAAGGGGAAGAGGAUGUAUCAGGUUUUGCCUACGAUUGAGGAGGAGGAUAUGGAGAUGGAGAGUAGGUGA